ACCGAAAACGCCGUCUGCAACGUUGCAUUCCUCGCCUGCGGUCCUAUGCAACGGCCUGACGGAUGCAACCUGCGCGCCCCACCAUCCAGUAUUGCACUAUUGAAGAAACAAACACAAAACCCACAAGAAAAAAAGUACAAUGAGGCCAAAUAAAUACGAUGGUAUCACAGCUAACCGUCUAUGCCAAGAUUUUGUGCCUCCUGAUGACAUUAUUCAGUGCAGGAGCAUCAACCGGGAACGACAUCUAUCUGCAAUCAGCGUGCAGUUUGAAGUUUGUACGUGCCAAAAACGGUUCCGUGUUUGCCGACAACCACUUGGAGAAUGGUCAACCACAGGUUUUCAGUCUCAAUGCCACGAGAACACGCGACAAUCGGGCUGCCGUAACGAUAUACUCCAAAGAGACAGAUUCGUAUAUCUGCUUCGACAAAAAUUGGCGCAUCAAGUCCAUGCGCGGAAAAGCCAAUAUGUCCAAACGACGGUGCAUGUUUUUCGAAAACAUCGACGCAUCGGGCGGCAUCCGCUACCGAUCGGUGGUCAACCAGAACCGAUCCUUAGGCUUCCAGAAGAACGGUAAGCCCAUCGGUGGUGUGCGGGCCGGCGGCGGUGCCAAGGCGGGCCCCGGUGGCGUUGGCCGGAAACGGACUAUCGACGAGAAGUGUUACAACUUUCACCCAUCGGACGCAUCCGGAUCGAAGCAGGUGCAAGAGCACCAGCAGCAACAUGCGCAGACCACCCCACCGCCGCAAAGGCAGGAAGUCAAAGCUACACGUCCUCAACAGCAGCCGCAACAACAACAACAGCAGUCCAGCCAGCUGCAACCCCGUCAGCGUCACCAUCGACAGCAGGACCAGCGGAAGGAUGUGUCCGCUAGCGAAGGUAAUGCACUGUCAAGCUAUUCCGGCGGAACGUCAGAUCAGCGCCAGUCACCGCCACAUCGACACCGGCACAAACAUGGCGGCCCGGGCGGUCGGCAGGGCAAGCAGCAGCAGGGACACCCGAAUCUCGAUAGCGGUUUUACCGGAGCGACCUCAUCGCUCCCCUCCGUUACCCUGGCCUCCCUAUACGGUGGCAACAAUGCGUACGGGAAGGGAACCCAUCACCGGCGCAGCCAUCUUAACUCCCCCGUAUCCGGGGACGCUUCCAUGCUACCCUCCGCACUGUCUGCCCUCGUUACGAAGCUGCCGCCAAAGUCCACCGCUCACGCAGGACAUCUCGGUUCCGCGCUUGGGUUGCUGGACGCUGGUGGUGGUGGUGGUGGUGGAGCAGCGAUUGCGGGUAAUCUGUACCGUAAGGAUCGUCCCGCCCUGGAACCAACGAAUGGUCGCGUUAGUAGUGGCCAUGCGGUUGGUGCUAAUGGGAAGAAAAAGUCGCCCAACGGCAGCAACGGAACUAGCGGGCGAAACGCUUCCACUAAAGUAAGCACGAUGCGAGGGAGAGACAAAAGGGCUUCGGGUUGA